AUGAUCAGCACUCUUUUUUUCGAUGAAUCAGACUCGAAUACGGUGCUUAGGGUUCGCCCCCAAUCUUGUCGGGCAUCGCCAGAGUUUCCAUUGAGCGAUUCUACAAACGCAGCAGCUCACUUGUCACGCUCCAGCCAGGCCUCUUUGUUGUACCAUUACCCAUCUUUUGAAGGUAGCGGUGCGGUUGCCGUGCCCGCCCUACAUGCCAUGUUAUUUUGGUGGUUGGAGGGGUGUGGACGGAAUCAUCUCCAUCUGCUCGCUGUAAACGAUGAUGAAUGCGCCCAUGAGGCGCGUGAUAGCCAGUCUCGCAUGCUUAGUGUGGAGCUUCCGAUACCUGUGGUGGCGGGGGAUGAACUGCGAUCAGCCGAGGGGCUGCUGGCAUGUGGCGUUUCGAGGUUAGCGGACAGCAGCAACUGCUUGGUGGUGACGUGGAUAUCCACCACUCUGGAGUUGGGCUACCUGCGCGUCAUCCUGCAGCGGGAUACGGACGCCCGGGGAACCAUAUUACUCACUCCAGAAGGGUCUAUGGUCGAGGGCAUUUAUCUAGAGCGCAUUAGAAAUGCCUUUAGCCAGGACAGACGUCGUGGUGGCGGUGGCUUUGCCGUGAGUAGAUUAUUGGCGUCUGUCCAUACCAAGGGCUGUACUAAUGCCUUAAUACCAUUCACGCAGUGCGACACGCAGUCUAAGGAUUUAACCACUACAUCCCGGCCUAGCAGUGAUCCGCACGAUGAAAGCGACUAUGGCGACCUCCGUGCGUGCGUCCUUUCUGAGAUCCCAGAAGACCGCAGCGAUGUUGUCGCGAUAUUUGUCGUGACAAACGGCCUGACGUUAUGGCACGCGGAGCUGCAUUUGGAUGGCAGUGUGCAGGCACGCCUCUUCAAGGAGAAUUCUCGCAGAGAGGAGACGGUUAACUGGUUCAACAAGACCGAUUUGACUGAAGUCUCUACCACCCUGCAUCAAAAUAUGGUUCAUCAAACAGGUAAGGAGUCUCCUAAAAGCAACCAAAAAAGCUGGUUUGGGCGGCUUUUCAAUCCAAACGACAAGAGAAAGUCAAUGGGAACUGGCGGCGACAGCGACUCCAACGGGAACUGCAACUUAAACACGCCGAAUCUCAGAUAUGCAGCUGUAACUGCCAUACAAAAUACUCCAUAUGUGGGGUUGCUUCGGUGGAACGGCAUGUUCGAGCUGUAUGACCAUGAUCUCAACCCAUUAGAGUAUUACCCCAUAUGCCCUUUGCCCUUGGGGGAAGUCAUUACUGCUGUAUAUGGUAACCCCCUUUUUGUGCCAGAACCUCCUCUUCCCUUCACACGGGUGCAUCAGUGGGCCUCUUACAACAGAGAGGCGUCUUCUAUUCAUAUUUUCACAUGUAUCGGAACUCGGCAAGGCCGACACUUCGUGUGGUCAAGACUACCACGUAUCCCACAUAGUGUGGAGGAUAGGUUUGUGAUGCAAUGUUCCUACAGUGUGGUACCUCCUAUCGCAAGCGGCUCUCCAAUUGGGUGCACCGUAGAUGCCGCAGAGCGUUUGGCAGUUGUGUGGGACCUUGGCAUUGAGGAGGAAACUCAUCUUAUGUGCUUGCGCUCCAUCAGCUCAGCCUUACACCCCGCUUGUGAUAUCUCGGGUGUUCUGCAGAUAUUAGAGGCGAACCCUGGCCCAGAGAAGGAGUGGCAAUGGUCUUCCACAAACACGUUCUUGUGCAUCGGUGCACGCCUUGGUGGUGUGGUGAGCCACGGAGCUCAUCUCGUACUGCUGGAGCACCGACUUGACUAUCACCGUGCUUACGUGGUGCAGUUUGCGAGGCAUUGGCUCCAGCAUCUUAUCGAGGUCAAACAGCUAGAUAUCCUAAGCGAUAUCGUCGACGCCGCUGAGGGUUCCGUCCAGGAUGUGGCGCCAGGUUCGACUGAGCAUAUUUUGCCACCAAGAUCUUUGUGCCUUGUCUCCACAGCAGAUUUGGACAGUAAAACCGUGUCUGUUCUCUAUCAGCUGCCUUCUUGUACAACUUUCUGGGAGGGCUGGGAUGUCCUGCAGCUCUCUGCACGCGGGGUGGAAGAUUUAACCGAUAUCCUUAGCGAGGCCUUUAAGCUACCCCUCUCAGGCUGUUUACCAUCGCUAUCUCGAUUGCUGAGUGAUGCGGCCUCCGCGAGUUACAUGUCGUCAGGCAAGGUUUCCGAGGGAACGGUGCGGAUUGCCAUUCGUGAGGCGAUGCGGGCGGAGCUCCAGUUUUCACUGCCCGGCAUCUCGUUGGAGGUCUCACUCCCGAGUGUUCUCACCACUCCGAACAUCUUCUUCUUUAGCUACAGCAGGCGCUAUAUCAUGCAUUCGGUGCUACGAGAACUGCUCAACCGAAUCGCUUUCUUGGCCAUAACAUUUGUUGGGUGGGCGAGUUCGAGCGCGUGGAGUCUGGAAAGCCCUGCGACCUCAGAGCUGACGCGUGCCAUUGCGUUCUUGGCCGCGGCGCAUCACGUGGUCUGUGUCUCGGGCCCCGAGCUGGUUUGCCUCAUCGAUGCCACUACUGUUAAAAACACGGACGACAUAGUCGGACAAAUCCUUCAGAUCUUUUUGUAUCCCUCACCGUACGACCUUGUGAUGAAUGCCACAGAUUCUCUUGAAUCGUCCCGUUUCGUAAUGCGGGUGGCUGAUCGACUUCGGCGAGCCGGCGGCACGCGCUCGUUCAAGGCUGCCGUGGCGUGGGCGGCACAGCUUCGUCACUGGCAUCCCAUUCUUCAGCAUUACACUCUUCUUCACGACCUCAGUGCUGGACGAACCACGAAUAGCACCCACCAGCUUGCCAUGUGCCAGACCGUAUGCAGCAGUCUGAGUACGUUUACAGACGGUGUUGACCUUUCAAAUAUUCUUCUAGACCUCGAAUUUCUGAUGUCCGACGGGGAAUACACCAGCUCAUGGAGUGCGAUGUUAUCCUCGCCGCAACGGCGUGAAGAGCUGAGAUGUUGGAUACAAAAGGAGCCAGGUAUGGCCGUUAAAUUGUACGUUGUUGGUGUUCUCCGUCGGUUCAUUCCGACAAAUACGCUGGUGAUGCACGUCUCUGCCUCUAUAGUUCAUAGAUACUACUUUGUCGAACUUCUUUUGGUGCUUCAACACGUGCUUGCGGGUCCACUGCGACAGCAGUCCAAGGGAUCGCUACCAAAUCAUACCGUUAAACGCAACACAUGCGCAGAGGAGGGUAGCGAAGGAGAUGCUGAGGAGGUUUGCAGACCUGAUGGUGCGGCAGAAGCCCAGGGGUCUGUGCUCAUGAGCUCCUUUUCCGCGCCGUCCCUUCAGUUUGCUUUGGAAGAACUGCGUAUUGAGACGCUGCUAUGCCUUUCGUAUGCGGGUCUCACGGACUUUGAUUUUAGCAGUAGUUUUCAUGAUCUAGAGGACGCCUUUAAUCUUUCUGAGAAACUUGGUAUUUUGGACCGCUACCUUGAGUCUUCGUCCAUCAUUAUGGACGGCAUCAUCGAAUGCGCGUGUACCUCUGAACAGCACAUGGAGGCGCUUCUUGCGGUUAGUAAUACCACCGUACGUUUGGAUGAGGUGUUAGUCGGUAAGUGGUACAACUAUGUUGCACGAAUGCCUACUAGGAGUUCUACAGAGGCACUACGCUACCGGGCUAUAAUAGGUCUUUACCGCUACCUGAUGCAUCGCCACGCUUACGCACAGUGCGGUCGGGUGAUGUCGGAUAUCGCCUCGCUGCUUCGCUGUUCACCGCAGCAUCACAGCGCCGGGUUGUCUAUAUCGGUUGACGAGCUUGCUUCCAUGGCUCUGCAUGCCGUCCAGAUGAUUUAUCCGCUAUCCUUUACCGAGAACUCGUCGACUACUACGGGCGAACAGACCCUCGCAGGACUCGAUAGCAGUGAGGAUUGCGCACGAAUGAACCCUGCGCUGGUGGUUUCCACUCUCCCUAGUGCUAUUCCAUGGCACUCAGCUCAAGUCCCUGGUAUGGAGGCCACUUCCUAUGCGCGUCGAUUGCUUUCUCCGUUGGACCUGCCGUGGCUUGAACGGCGUGUUUAUCAGGCGCACUGCGAGCGGAAGCUGUGGCAGCGUGGCAACAUGCUCGACUGCCCGGACCUAUGGGUGGAUGGCGCUCCUCGUGGAGAUUUUGAGCUCGCCGUUAAGAAGCUAACCUCUGCACUGAUGGAGUCCAAACUAUGGCCCGAGGCAUACCGCUUCGCCACGCUUGCCGAGGCAGAUGCAUGCGAAGUGCUUGAAGAGUGGGUUACCCACCUGGUGCGGGAGGCAGAUCUUGAUGGUGACACGCGUGAUGAUGUCAUUUUUGAGUGGUCUCAGCUCAUAGAAUAUUGCGCGGAGCAGUCGACUUUGGGUAAUCAAUUUAUGGGCUACCGCCGGGUUGUAAAAACAGCACUAAAUUGGAGCUACACCAAGACAUUGCCAGACCUGCGCGAUGCUCACAGGGCUGCGGAUCCUUACUCUGCCAUUGCAACUCUUUUGGAAGUCUUCCAUAACUACCAGCAGCAUGUUGAUCAGGAGGAAUCCCAUAAAGACAGAGAUGAGGAGAAUGUUGAGGUGACUACUUUUCGCAGGGCGCAGGCGUGGCUUCCAUGGGUCGACGCCGCACGCAUUGCGAUUGAUUUCCUUCAAAUGUCUAAAAAAUCUAGUCAAUUCCCACAACAUUGUAUCACAAACGGGCAGUCCAAUAAGGUUGGCGGAGAGAAUGACAAAGUUGAGCGCGUGGCCAUGACGCUCACGGCUGGUGUGCUUGAUCCGCUAGCUCGCUACGGGAAAGAGCUGCUUCAGCAACCGGAUGUAAUGAGGCAUCUGGAGGUUGUCAACGUGGAUGAGGUUGCGCGGGAACUGUUAGCCAGUAUAUCCUGUUGA